AUGCAGUACAUCACCGUUAUUCUGACUGUUUUCUUCUUUGCUGGGGUCUCCAUGGCCAUUCAGGAUUGGAAGAUUGCAAAGUUUGGUGACAUGAGUAAUGGUGACAACUCUCUGAAUUUUGAUAGAUAUAUCACUCAUAAACGAGCGAUCAACGGACACCUCCGUCGUUCGAGUAUUCAUUGGGGAAAACGGACACCGACGGGUAUGAGGAGUUUUGAAAGAGAUAUUCCAUUGGUACCUGAAGAGUAUUUGGUAAUGUGGCCGGCUCCAGAAGAUUCAUCACAGAAGAUGAUGGAAAACGAGGAUGUUUAUAAAACGACCACUUCGGCACCUGAAACCGCAAACCACAACCAAAGACCACAGGAUGAAGUUGAGAACCAUGCAGACUCCCUUUUCAAGGACAAUCGUAAAAUGGAACGAGUCGCAAAGGCCGGAAUCCGACCAAAACUUCAGCUGAGCAGCAGACUUUGGGGGCGUUGA